AUGAGAGACAUCUCCAUCCAGCGAUGGCUCGAGUCAAUUGACGAGGCCUUGGGCGAUUACGCUGCGUGCUUCAGGGAGUUUGGCUAUGACAAUCUGAACUUGCUGAAGCAGGCAGAUGACAAUGACUUUUCUGAGGACCUUGAUCAGAUGGAGCCGAAGAAGAAUCAUCGGCGCCUGAUACUUCGCCAAUUUGCGGUGCUGAAAGCAGAUAGCACUCAAGCUCCUGCUAGGAAUUUUCAACAGCGAGAGCGAGUGUCAGAGCCGACGUGGGGGGCAACUUCUGCCAAUCGAUGCCCCUUUUUGCAGGAGGUCCAAGACUUUGAGAGGAAGCAGCUAGCGCAAUUGUCCUCGCGCAUUAACUCUGGCGACAUUGUGUACAUCCCAGUAUGGUGCCUUCGCUUCGUACAGGGUCACGUGCACGGGCAGAUGGUGUUUUCGGGCCACCAGGACGACCGCUCAGUCUACGAGCUGCUACACGACCUGCUGAACGGGCGAAAGCGCUGCGAGGAUCUGGAGCCGCUCGAGGUGGUCUGGGAUGGGGAGCUCUACUCCUUGUCCAACCGCCGCCUCUUGGCACUGCUGCUUUUGCAGGGCGGCCAGCGCCACAAGGCCGUGUGGGCUCCGUGCUAUCUCUUUGGCCCCCAGGACGACUCCCGGGUAUCGAGUCGCUAUGCCAUGAAGGACACCACUGAGUCCUUGGGCCACGGCAUGGGCGUGUUGCUGCAUGGCAGGCAGCCGGAAGCCUGGCACUUGGGCAAGCCGCUCUUCCGGUGCGCCAGCGAGUGGUGCGACGCAGAGGUUCCGGAGCCUGCGCCCUCGCGCGAGAUCGUGCCCUACGAAUCGAAACUUCCGCGCGCAGGUCUGCAGGCGGGCAUGCUGGUGAAAGCAGGCCAAGAGCCGGCCAAGUUAGUCUCCCUGGAGGCAGAGUGGGCGAAGGUGCGCCGUCGAAACGGUUGGGAGGAAUGGCUUCCAAGAGAGGAGCUGAUCCCGGAGGACUUCUCAAUGAUACCCGAUACGGACGUCAUGGAGAUCCGGGAAAAGAUCAUGCAGGCACCAGAUUGUGGGGGAUGGGAGCUGUAUACCGGGCUGACGUGGCCCGGUAAGGAAGCAGCCGACUGUGACUUUUCAGUGGGCAUGGCAGUCGAUGUGGAUGGCUGGUACAGUGCCACCGUGGUGGCGCAGUAUGGCGUUGAAUCUAUCAAAGUUCGAUACCAUGGUUACGACCGCGGUUCCGAGGAGUGGGUUGGCAGGGAUCGCUUGCAGCGCAGAAAUGACCUGGAGAAGCUGGAGGAGCAGGAGCCGGAGAGCAGACUUUGUCUUGCUCAACCUGCUUCCAGGCAGAAUCCUUUGGAGACUGUGUGCUGCCUUUGGCUCGUUGGCAGGUGCUGGAGCUGGAAGUCACACACAAUGGGCAAGCGCGUGUACUUGCAUAAGGAUGUUCCGGGCCUUCCAUGUGGCUAUGGCACAGCAUGCAGGUACAAGCAUAAUGAAUCUAGAGGCUUGCAUGAAGAAAGUGGAGAUGCAAGCCGCAAUCAAGCCGUGGAUGUUCCUACAAAGCUUGAGUCACCCGUACUACAGGUUGGAAUGCUUGUCAAGGUGGUUCGCCGGUGGCAAGAGUACUUCGGUGAAGUCUUAAGCAUUCGUCGGGGCUCAGAAGCACCUGUUCAGGUGAGGUAUUUGCAGGAUUGGGGCCACUCAGACGACUCUUACAAUGACUGGCUCUCGAUUGAGUCUUUGCACGUGCCAAGCUAUGCAGAUAUUUCUGUGGGCAUGACUGUCACUGUGGACGAGCGAUACGCUGCCACAGUUGUUGAUCUUCAGCAAGGGGAGCUCCGGGCGCCUGUCAAAAUUCGGUAUGAGACUUACAAUUAUGAGGAAUGGGCUGGAGCGGAUCGUUUGCCUUCAACAUGCAUCAGCUUCCUUCCAGCAAUAUUGAGCAGGCCUGAGGACUCUGCGGAGGACAAUGUGACUAUUUGUUGCUUGUGGUUGGAUGGGAAGUGUUGGCACCCCUCUACGCACAAGAGUGGCAAGGGAUGGCACUUGCAUCAGGUGCGCCCUGACGUACCAUGCAUCAACGGGAGCAACUGCAAGCAUUGUGCGGCCAGAAGCUCGCUCAGGGCCAUCCAGGAUGUGCCAAGCGCAAGCGUCGACCGGGCGGCCAGGGCGGCCAGGGCGGACAAGCCAUCUGAAGUGCUGCCCUGGACCUCCGAGCCGCCCGAUCCGGAGCAAGCGGAGCGCGCCGUGCGCAAAGCCAUCCACGUGGUGGAGGAGAGUUGUGCUUGUCCGACGCCAAGUCGCUAUCAUGGGCACAGGAGAAGAAGCUGCAAGAAGCGUCCAAGAUCGACUUGGUGGCGCUCAUCCUAG